AUGGAGGAUGCUGAGCGUACUCGCACGGAGGCGAAGCGGAAGUGGAAGGAGGAAAGUGGCACGAAAGCAAAGGCCCUCAGCGGGACCGGCGAGGUCAGCUCGAAGGCCGAGGGGCCCGUGCCGAGCCCGCACUUCUCGACGCUGCGCGGGUCCCCCAGCGGCAGGCCCUCGCCUCCAGGGAGCCCCGCGCGCGGGCUGCUGCGGGAGCAGGCGUCGCCAGACGCGCCGGUUGGCAGCGAGUGGAGCGGCUCUGCGGGCUCCCAGCCGUCUCCGGCGUCACCCGGGUCCCGCGGUCAAGCUGCUGUGGCCAACGAGGUCCCGGCGUCAGCGCCCCGCAAGAGCCUGAAGGAGGGCGGCGAGAAGCUCUCCUCCACGCUGUCCGCCACCGCCCCAGCGCUGAGCGGGUCCAAGGUUAUCCCGCGCUUCUGGACGCCCAAGCUGCAGGUCCCGCCGGACAGCCUGCCUGCCGCGGCGAGAGAGAAGAUACACACCCACUUCGCCAAGCAGGCCAUCACGGACGGAAUCAGGACGCACCAGCAGCUGGAGCCCAUCGUCACCGAGGUGUUCAGGUUGUCGAAGUACUUUGUCGUGCCGAUCUUCCACAAGAUCAAGGUCUUCUACGACAUCGGGGAUGCCUCACAGAAGACGAAGGCGUCCCUGCUCGCGCCGAGCCCGGUGCCCAUCACCGAGCAGAUGCUCAUAGGGUGGUGCUCUGGGAAGAUAUGCCCAGACGACCCAGUGCUGAGCUUCUUCUACAUUGUGAAGAAGGAGCACAACGACUGGAUUGAGCGCGAGGACUUCACCAUCUUUCUGACGGCAAUCUUGCUCACCCACCCUGGUCUGGAGUUCUUGAGAGAAACUCAGGAGUUCCAGGACCGCUACGCGGACACGGUGAUCAGCAGGAUCUUCUUCGUCUACGACCGGAAGGGCGUCGGGCGGAUAUACCUGAUGGCGCUGCGUCGGUACAAGCCGUACGUGACGGACACCUGGCAGCAGCUCGCGGAGAACGAUGACAUCAAGAUGGUGCGCGAGUACUUCAGCUACGAGCAGUUCUACGUGAUCUACUGCACUUUCUGGGAGCUCGAUUCCGACCAUGAUUUUCUCUUGGACAAGGACGAUCUUCUCAAGUACGACGGGCACGCCCUCUCGCGCCGCACCGUGGACCGGAUCUUCAGCGAGAUCCCCACGAAGUGCGCCCGCGCGGCCCUCGCGCGCGGGGGUUGCGCCGCGCCGCCCUGCGAGGGCGCGACG